UGGUCCGUCAGUUGCACGCGACGGUUAAAAAGCGAGCUAAUCAAAUUUCCCACCUAAUAUUCAAUUUUGUGGCGCCUAUUUCCCUUCCCUCUCACAACAAAAAGUCAUUUGUGGGUGAAAAAAAUUACCCUCUGCCCUCCAUCGGGUAACCUGUGCGUGUCUGCUGAGCACAGAAAGCAUUUUUGUAAUCAAUCAAAUUGUCUACGUUCCGUGUCAACUUUUGGGAAUUUCUUGUGGUAAAAUGGUAAAGUGUUAUAAAUGAACGAAUUCCAACGAUUCUCUUGCGAGCAGUGAAAGUUUUUCUCACUCAGACAUGAUAAAAAUGUCACAUUAAAAUAGCUAAAUUAUACAUUUAUUCAUUUUGUGUCGAUAAAAAAAACUCAAACAAGGGGCCAAAGUGUUCAAGGCGAAAAAAAUAAAUGUGGAGAAAUUUAUUUAAAAAAAAUCUUUUAAAGGACUUUAUACGAUGUGUGUGAAUAUAAUGAAAAGGAGUGAAUUAAAUACCGAUUAGUGGUGUGAAAAGAGAGUAUUUUAUAGAAAUAUUAGUGUGUCCACAAAGUGGGUCAAAAAGUGUUGUGAAAUACACCUUUAAAAGCUUCUUAUGCUCGAAGGUGUUCAAUUGAGAAAAAAAAAACAUUUGAAUUGUAUCAGUGAAAAAAGUGGUCAAGAGAGUUGAUGCAAAAACACAUAUAUAGUAAUUUUAUGAAAAAUGUGGCUUUUACUGCUUCAUUUCAGUUAGUUUUUCGCUCAAGGAUUUCAAUUUAAUUAACACGACUUUUAGUUUUAUUUUUUCUGUGAUUUUUUCUAUUUACGAUACAUAUAGCACUACCUACAUAUGAAGAGUGUGUCGAGUACGUGAAGAGGGGAAGACGUGUGUAGAGAGUGUUGUGUGUGAGAAUAAUAAUAAAAAAAAUGGCUUGUCUAUCGGAUAUUGACUUGGCCACUUUGCAUAAGACACGUCUUGAGGAGAAAAUUAAGUACAAACUCUCUUGGUGCGCCCAAAGGCGGCCACUACUCGUGACGCAUCCCAGAGAUGCAAUUAGAGUGACCAAGCAGACGAAUGGUGAUGUGAACCAGAGUGAUAUGGAGAAAUGUGAACGGCCACGUGAUUGUGAUAGUAGGACGCAUGAUGUGAUACGUAAAAAUGGCAAUGAAGUGGACAAUGAAUUCCGCAAAGAUUACUUCACGUCAUCCACGCGAAGGAGGCGCUCUGGGACGUGGCCGCGCACAAGAAGUCUCAAUGCUCCGUCACCGUUCCAACAAUUUGGACCAUGUGGACGUAUCAUGAAGAAUUCGGCAAUGGUUAUGCAAAUACAAGAUCCGGCUAGUCAACGGUUAACAUGGUACAAACCACCGCUAGCCGUGCUCGUUAUCAAGAAGGUUCGUGACUCAACAGUACUGCCACCUUUUGUCCAACUUGUCGAAUGGCUCAUUCAGGAAAAAAAUAUGGUGGUUUGGGUGGAGGUUGCAGUACUGGAGGAUCCUCUUCUUCUUGAAGAUAAGAGAUUCCACAAGAUUAAGGACAAGUUAGUUACGUUCAAAGACGGAAAGGACGAUCUGACGGACAGGAUUGACUUUAUUGUGUGCCUAGGGGGCGAUGGGACCCUCCUGUAUGCAUCACUCCUGUUCCAAAAGUCCGUACCGCCGGUGAUGGCAUUCCAUUUGGGCUCUCUGGGCUUCCUUACGCCAUUCCAAUUUGACAAUUUCCAAGAGCAAGUAACAAAUGUCCUCGAAGGGCAUGCCGCACUGACAUUGCGGAGUCGUCUACGGUGUAUGAUUGCACGGAAGUCCGCAACAAUGGAUUAUGAUUAUUUGCCAAUGUUGGAGAACAUUCAUGGUUCAACGCGCGAUGGAUCGACGAAUAUUCUUGUGUUGAAUGAGGUGGUAAUUGACCGCGGACCGAGUCCGUACUUAAGUAACAUUGACCUCUUCCUCGAUGGGAAGCACAUCACCUCCGUACAGGGUGAUGGAUUAAUUGUGUCCACACCAACGGGGAGUACGGCAUACGCUGUGGCAGCUGGAGCCUCAAUGAUACAUCCCUCAGUUCCCGCCAUUAUGGUCACCCCCAUUUGUCCGCACUCUCUCAGUUUUCGCCCCAUUGUCGUGCCAGCCGGUGUGGAGUUGAAGAUAUCCAUUUCUCCGGACAGCCGGAAUACUGCCUGGGUAUCAUUUGACGGGCGCAACCGUCAGGAGCUCCUACACGGUGACAGCCUCAGGGUGACAACAUCGAUAUAUCCGGUGCCAAGUAUUUGCGCUCAAGAUCAGAUUUCGGACUGGUUCGAUUCUCUAGCUGAGUGCCUACACUGGAAUGUCCGGAAGCGGCAAAAGUGCCUUGAUGAAUUGUCCGAUCUCACGGGGUCCGGAUCCGAGGAUACCCUCGAUGAGCUGGUUGCCGAUGGACACUGAAACCCCCAUUAUUGUUUGUCUCUCCCCAUCAUUUUUUUUAAAUAUUAAUUUAUAGUUAGUUCUUUUUGCGACGUGAACAGGCAAUGUCAUCCAUCUCUCUUUCAAAAGAAAAAUGUUUAUGUUAUUAAAAAAAACAAGGCAGCCACAGUGAACAAAAUUUUAAAAA